AUUCUCAUCACCCAGCACUCUGCUAGCAGCACUGGGGUUAAAGCCUCCGAGGUAAACCACAACUAUUUAUAAUCAUCAGCAGUGGAUGUUCUGGAAGUCUGAUUUCAGGCCCUUCAAAGACCGUCUCUGAAGAGUGGCACCAGAAAUCUGGAGAAGCUCAAAUUCCCUCUUAUUAUCGUGAAGCAGAGGACGUUUCUUCUGAAGCUGAACAGCACUGCUGCAGAAUAAAUAUGUUAAGCAUCGCAGGAAACCAAGUCAUGUUAAUGUUUAACCCCUUUCAAUUAUACGAAAUUUCCACACAAGCAACAGAAUGAAGAACACUGACUGAAUGCUGCUGAAUGACAACGGGACUCUAUUUGUUUCUAUUAUGCUGCCUUCUCCUGGCUGACCCUGGACAAGAUUGAAGAGGACUCAAGUCUACUUCCACAAGUGAAGUUUUUUUUUAAACAUAAAUGGCUGAAAGACGAUCAAGCUUGUUUACACAGUACAUUUAUCCCUUGGGAGCAGCUGAGAAAAAAAAAAAAGUACUCCCCUGGGCUGUGAUUUUCUCAUGUUUUUCUUGGGCCUAUGCAUUCAGUGCAGACCGAAGAGCACCGCUGACAGAACACAGAAGCAAAAUGGAUGAAUCCUCCACCUAACACGAAUCCAUUUUCCAGAAUGCUCAGUGGAAAAGAGGCAUUCAUUCAGCAUGAAAUUCAGAGCAUACCGGUAAGGACAAUAAAAUAAGUACAUUUCUUCCUGAUAACCUAGCAGAUCUUAAGAUAUUACAGAACCAGAAUCACAGAAUUAAUUACUACUAUACAGUAUCUGUUCUCUUGGUACAAAUCCUGUAUUUUUAAUGCUUUUUAAAUUCUUAGUCUCUUUUUUACUUUAACUGCAACAGCCUCUUUACUUCCAAGCUUCUAAAGCAGGUGCUUGUUCUCCAUUCUUAUAUAACAAAUAUGUUAGGAUGCAAAGUAUGGGAUACUUACAAGUUAAAUUACAAAAUUUGUUAAAAACAAAUUCACUAAAUAAGGUCCAAGAGAAGAUGAAUUAUCUUUAAAAUAUAAAUGAAGUAUUUCUUGACUAUUAAGCUUAAUGACAGCUGAUGAUCAUUCCUCUGCUCCAGGGAAAUUUUCUCUAGGAAAGGGAUAUAGACCUCACACAGGAGCUGGAGGACUCAGGACUGCUGCACUUCUGAUGUUUCAGGAAGAAAGGUGUAUGCAGGGAAAAAAAAAAAUCACAGUGGAAAAAUUAGGUGCUUUCCAAAGCACUAAUACAAAGGUGUCAAGAGAAGGGGGAAAAAGAAAGUUCCAAAUGAGUUAGAAACACUUGCUGACUUUAUGAGGAUAAAGAAUGGUGCAUAUUGUGGAUUGUAUUUUAGUGUUCCCCUUUUGGUUAUUUAAUAAAUUUGUUGCUGACCUAAUUUACUGAAUCCUGGUCCUCCAAGGCAGAACAUCACGUUGCCAGACCUCAAGCAAAUCCCAGCAACGAGUGCCCCUUAGCUGCAGUGCUCACACACCUCCCCAGCUCUGAGGGCUGAACCCCAACCAAUCUGCACUGGGCUUGCCUACUGGAAAUCACAUUGCCACAAAGUACAAUUAACUUCUAUAUUAUUGGCCCUCCCCCCACCACUCUCAGGUAAUUAGUGUACAAAGCCAGUUGGGGUUCUUUGGCUAAUUUUUCUUUGUCAUAGGAAGAGCAACUCAGGGUCUGUAAGUACUGCAUCCAGUGCACUGCAGCAUGAGCAUGGGCACACAAACAGUCCUUCCUAGUAUAACCUGCAUGCCUAAUUAAACUAUGAUCAGAAGACAGUAUCUGGAUAAUAGAAGAUGAACCCACUCGAUGUAACAAAAUCAGGAUUUCUGCUGUGCAUUGCUGUCUGUAUGUUCAUCUACACUUUCAUCUACCUGAAGGACACACUUUCUGCAGAGCCGGACGAACAGAAAUGUAGUACAAAUAGAGCAGAGUGUGGAUUUUACCCAGAUGAACUUUGUUCAGCUCUUUUUGUGGGGAAAACCGCCGCUCUUAAAAUUGGAAGCAUUUGUCAGAACACCAACAGACCUGCAGCUCUCAGCUGUGUUCAGACCCCCUGCAACUGUUCCGUGGUUUUGAAGGCUCUGCACUUUAUAACGAGACCACUGUCAGCUGAAGAAGGAAAUUUCUCACUGGCAUACAUUAUCACAAUUCACAAGGAGCUGGAAAUGUUUGUAAAGCUGCUAAGAGCUAUUUACAUGCCUCAGAAUAUUUACUGCAUACACGUUGACGAGAAAUCACCAACAGAUUAUAAAGCUGCUGUACAGAACAUUGUAAAUUGCUUUGAAAAUAUUUUUAUUUCCUCAAAAAGGGAAAACGUUGUUUAUGCAGGAUUUUCAAGGCUACAAGCUGAUAUUAACUGCAUGAGAGAUCUGGUUCAUUCCAAAAUCCAGUGGAAUUAUGUUAUUAAUCUAUGUGGCCAAGAUUAUCCUAUUAAAACAAACAAAGACAUUAUAAAAUACAUCAAAAGUAAAUGGAAUGGUAAAAAUAUGACUCCUGGGGUAGUCCAACCACUUCACAUGAAACACAGGACACAGGUUAGUUACAGAGAAUACGUGCAUUCUGGAAUGUCGUAUGUGUAUCCAACAAAGAAUGCAAAAACUAAACCUCCAUACAACUUGACGAUAUAUUUUGGUAGUGCCUACUACAUAUUAACUAAAGAAUUUGUAGAGUUUACACUGACUGAUGUACGUGCAAAAGACUUGCUUGAAUGGUCAAGAGACACAUACAGUCCGGAUGAACACUACUGGGUCACACUGAACCGUCUGCAUGAUGCUCCAGGUGCUACACCAAACGCAGAAUGGGAAGGAAACAUACGAGCCAUUAAAUGGAAAGAUCAAGAAGGAACCGUACACAAAGGCUGCAAAGGUCAUUACAUCAGAGACAUUUGUGUCUAUGGACUAGGGGAUUUACAGUGGAUUAUUGAAUCACCUCACUUGUUUGCCAACAAAUUUGAGCCUGCAACGUAUCCACUCGUGACGGACUGCCUCGAGAGACGCCACAGGCUCAAAGUGCUGCACCAGGCAGAGGUCCCAAUUGAAGAUGAUUGGCGUUUUCAGAAAGAUAACUCUUUCAACAUGAAGCUGAACGUUUGAGGUUAACUGAAAUGUAAACGUACACCCAAAAUACUGAGAACCCAUCAAUGUUUUCAUCCACAGACUUCAUUCACCUGGUAUACUGUGCUCACCCCCAUGCUGUAAUGCUGUACUACUGUUUCACCAGUGAAAUAAGCAGUUAGUGUUGCUCACUACAGUAAAAGAAAAAGCAAUGACUGCUAAAGGAUUAAUUCCUAGAGAAAAUGAUGUCUGUAACAAGGGGGAAGUUCAUAAUCUUCUAAGUGACUCAUUUAACUGAAAAAUACACAUUCCCCAUGUCUGUAAAAAAAGAGCUGAAAAAAAGAGGACUAAGUGGUAUAAAAGUAACAAAAUGGAAGUAAUGACUGAACAAAGGUAAAAUGUGAAUACCACAAGUUAAUUAAAGUCGUGUCUGCUGUAUGCUUUAUAACACAGAUAGCUCUGAGUAACAAACUUGCCACUAAAUCUGCAGAGCUUGCAGAGAAGCAGGUGACAGCCAGUUUCAGACACAGCCCAUUUCACUGUUAUUCAUGGCCAGCUGCAUCUCUAAUUUCAUUGUGUAGCAUGGCAACACCACUGGUGCACUAUUCAUGCUUUGCUCUUACUAAAAAGGGUAUCUGUAUCAGUAACAGUAGUAGGUGUCCUGCAAAGCGUGUUUACUUUAAGUCCUUGUUUUUGAUCCUCUGCAGGAGCUUAGGGCAAGGAGACAUGGGAAACGGGAUGCCAGGGAACAAAGGAAAACAGAGUGAAAGCUGUUUUUCAAUCCCCACAGCUUCCCUGAAUCUUGACAACUGGAGAUAACACCCAGAAACAUUCAGGAUAAGGAUCUCAUUUCCCAGAUCCUUUGCAAGUAACAGCAGUUGGCCUGCACUAAAGAAGUGGCUUUUCACAUUCAACCGAAGUCAAACCAGGGAACAGUAAUAUAAAGUGAAUGAGGAUGCAGCCCUUUUCCAGGUGGGAGCUGCUCCUUCCCCUCCUCAAGGGCUCUUAAAUGAAUCCUUUCAAUUGUGCCACGGAAGAGACUGGAGACGGAUGGGGAGACAGAGUAGAGUUGGUGGUGAAUUCCUCAGUUCUUCCUCCUUUAAAAGGUUUUUAUUUUUUGCAAAAAUGCAGCCAAAAAUUUAAUUCCAUUAAGUUCAAACAAGCUUCAAUUUUUCAUAUUAACUCUGAUAGGAGUGAGUAAAAAAUAUCCUGCUACUUAUAAGCUCACUUGAUUAGAAACUACAAAUUGUAAAGAAAUAUCUAUGAGCAAUUUAGAUGUAAACUUCAAUAUGCACCCCAAAUAGCACUCAUUUUGCAGGAAAACUGCCUUAAAGAUCAAGUAUUAAAAAAAGAAAAAAAACAAACAAAACCAAAAAUGAAUCAACAAAUGACCCACAGCAGAACAAACAGAUUUCCUGGAACUGUAGUGCUUGCUUUCCCACACAAGUUUCCUGGAAACAAUGUUUGUCAAAUGAACUUUAACCUAAAGAAGGACCAUCUUGUCCCUGCUCAUUUACAGAAAUUUACAAACUCAACCCAAAGGCCAGGACUCAGCCUCAUGUAAAGCUCACAGCCUACCCCGUGGCUGACUAUUGCUGAAGAUGUUCCUUUAUGGAUAGAAGGAAAAAACCAAGUCACUCAGCAUGUUCAGUCAGGCAAGCUGAACAUCUCUCUCACUGUUGGGUCUCUGCAUGUAUUAGAGGGAACAAAAUGCAUAAUAACUCCUCUCCAGACCACACGCAAUCCACUGCAAGGUAAUCCCAGCAUUUCUCUACUCCAUGCCAGUUUUAAAAGCACAAGUGUAACAUUCCUCAUUGCUGUCUCUGUAGGAAAAGCAGUACCUAGCUUUCACCAUCCAUCACUGCCAUGCAGAACAAUUGUGUUUCACCUCUGAAUUGAAUGAGGAGGUGAAAUUCGAUAGGCACUGCUUUCAGAUUGGCUCAGCUUGCAGGAACUGAUCAGACUGGGGGAAAAAAAAAGUACAAGCUCUCUUCUUGAAAACUAAAAUGAAAACUUAACAAAUGUCAGCUGAAGAAAGCUACUGGUGAGCAAACCUCCUUCCCUAAAGGAUUUUAUAUUUUAAAUCACAAAACUAUACACAUACAAAGGCCCUGAUUAACCCACCCUUUCUUAAUCAUUAAGAAACAUUAUUUUAGCCAUCACUGGGUAAUCAUAACAUCAUUAAUUUCUUAUAGUGGUGCUUUUGGUUUUCUCCUUCUAUCAACAGUUAAAAAAAAUCAAGUAAUAGAACUGUGUAAGCUGAAAGCAUUUACUAUGCAUUACAAAGCCAUUCACAAUCGUGCUCAAUCUACUCUCACACAGUAACACACGCACAACUCUGGGCCAUCAACUGAUGUUUACUGACUUUUGGUAACUGUUGCUCUAAGCACGAAGUGGCAAUGUGACCGUGGUCGAAGGAGACACUGGGCUCUGUAACACACUGCACACACAUUAACACAUAUCUGAAAGAUGUAUGCGCAAUUUCGAUUUCAAAAACCCUGAGGAACAAGUUCAAUAGCUCUAUAUCUAAGUUAAACAUUUCAUUAAGUGCUUUAUAUGGCACAGACUUUACUAGUUAAGAUACUAUUUCUGGUAUGUGUUAAAGCCUGUUAAAUGUGGAAAUGCUUCCAAAACAAACUCUAAAGAGAAGCAAGAGACUACAUUUGAAACAUCUGGUUAAAAAAUAGGUUUGUACAAUGGUCAUAAGCAAGGAGCGAAUUAGACAAAGUACAAGGAAUAUUAUAACAAUUCAUCUGUGCUUCUCACUGCCUCCCGGCCCCUCUGUGCAGCAGGUUUCAUAAACCUCAGAAGCUGGACAUCCCUUCUGAUUAUGCCAGAACCAUGGCAUUUUCAGCACAGAGUGAUAACAAAGCACCUGUACAAUUCCACCCUUUACUUCAAUCAUUCAGUUACAUUACUGGCAGCAAUGUGCAGUCUUAAUGACAGGAAUCUGUACAGAGUAAGCAGUAUCAGAGCAGCUCCAUCACAAAUAUAACAGAAAGCCUGUUCCGAACAUGGUAAAACAGGUGUUUGGGGGCCCCAUUGUAUGCUGCCAAUCCUCUUCCCUCCUCAGGUUGCCCUACUACCUGCCACAUGUUCACUGAUUCCCUUAACAGGGCAUCUGGAACAGUUGUUUCAUCUCAUCUGUAUAAUCUCUGUUUUACACAGAUUGAUCAGAAGUCUGGAAGUUUCAGCACAAAUUCAACAAUCGUUACUCUGCCUCCAAAUUGAAUGUCACAGAUUAGCACUGACAGCCUUGUUCAAGACAUCUUCAAAUAGGAGAAGUGAUUAGGAAGAGUAUGGGUUGUUCUUUUAAUUUAAUUUUAGUAGUCUGAUGGAGAAUCGAAACACACAGUAAGUGAAAAGUUCUGGCUUUAAAGGGCAGAUUUUAACCUGACAUUUUUUAUGUCACAUACAGCCCUUCCUGAAGGGCAUCAGGCAGGAAGCAGGACAGAGCAGAAAGCUGCUGAGCCAGGGCUUCAUGCUGCACAGUACUCAUCAGCAUCAAAUGCCUUUAUCACGAAGCAAAAUUGCUGCUCUUCCUUCCUCUUAACAGUCAUAUCCUGUAUAUUUCAGCACCCAUCUUCCCACUGCUAUUUACAACCUUCUCCCUUUGCUCUACAAAACUUUGAAAAAAUGCCUUAGAAAAAAAUGCAUGUCUGUGUAAAAACAUACUAUAAGUAAAACUACUUCAUGUAAAGCUCCUAUUGGGGAAUUAUUUUUAUUUUCAAGAGCACUCAGAUUAAAAGACUGCUUCAUCUUC